AUGGGGUAUGUGCAGGGGGUGCGCACGCAUCGCCCCAUUCCAACGAGUCCAAGCAGCCCUGACUCCCGGGAGCCCCACCCACCCCGGCGGCGGUCAGUGCCAGCCAGGCGUGGUGCAGGAAGUCCCAGGGCAGCUCUGCCACCCCAUGCUCCGCGAGCUUGGAGAUGA